ACAAGCUCAUUAUCGAUAACCACACCGCACUGCUUGCGCUUCUCGCAACACAGCUGUAGCGAUUACACGGCGCAUCUGAGCGCAUUGCCAUACAUACACACAUAUCCAUAUCUUCCCGGCUAGGCGAUAGUCGCUGAACGGCGUCAUGGUGGAAGACAAAUAUGUCGGCCUCUGCCUCGCAGUCUCGUCCUCGCUCGCGAUUGGCGCCAGUUUCGUCAUCACAAAGAAGGGCCUCAAUGCGUCCAUGGAAAAGCACGGCUUCGACGGCGACGGCUACUCGUACCUGCGCAACUCGACCUGGUGGGCCGGCAUAAUCACCAUGGUGCUCGGCGAGAUCUUCAACUUCGCGGCGUAUGCGUUUGCGCCUGCGAUUCUUGUCACGCCGCUCGGUGCGUUGAGUGUGCUUAUUGGCGCUGUGCUGGGUAGCUACUUCUUGGAUGAGCAGCUGGGCCUGUUGGGCAAGAUUGGCUGUGCGAUUUGUCUGAUUGGGAGUGUGAUUAUCGUGCUCCAUGCGCCGCCCGAUAAGGAGGUUUCGUCUGUCGACGAGAUCUUGCAUCUGGCGCUCCAGCCUGGUUUCCUGAUCUACUGCCUCUUCGUCGCCAUCUUCUCCAUCUUCAUGAUCUACAAGAUCGCUCCCAAGCACGGCCGCAAGAACCCGCUCAUCUACCUCUCCAUCUGCUCCACAACCGGCUCCGUCUCGAUCAUGUUCAUCAAGGCCUUCGGCAUCGCGCUGAAAAUGACCUUCGCGGGCAACAACCAGUUCACACACCCCUCAACCUACGUCUUCGUCAUCAUGAUCGUAGGCUGCAUCCUCACGCAAAUGAACUACUUCAACAAAGCCCUCAGCCAGUUCUCCACCAACAUUGUCAACCCUUUGUACUACGUAACAUUCACAACCUUCACCCUCAUCGCCUCGUGCCUCCUCUUCCAGGGCUUCAACACCACCUCUGCCGUAAACACAAUCUCCCUACUCUGCGGCUUUCUUAUCAUCUUCUCCGGCGUAUACUUGCUCAACCUGUCCCGCGACGAUCCCAACGGCACGAACGCGCUCGGCAACACGCUCUCCGACGGCAUCCCUAGCGACGCUAUCAGCGGCUUUCCGACGAGACGCAGUAUGCAGGCGCGCCGCAGCCAGGAACUGUAUUUGCAGAGUAAUGGAAGUGGGGUGCGGAGGAGUAGCGGCAUGGGCGGUGAAGGCGCGGGGUUGAUGCAUGAUUACGAUGUGGAGAACCAGUUUGAGUUGGGGAAUUUGGCGGAUAGUGACGACGAAGACAACAGGAAGAAAGGCACGAGUUUCGAUGAGGAUGGCAGGCUUGGUGGGAGAGCAAGUAGCGGGAGUAAUAUGCGCAGUUUGAGAGUGCAGAGGGAGAGUGUGCAGCCUAAACGUACGAGCAGCCCGCGGUAGAUAUGU